GGGUUUUAAACUGGCCUGUGGCACAAGAAACAUUUUCUCGUGGUGAUUGAAGCAAUGGGAGCUGUUUGGGUCUUUGUUAGUUGUGUGCUGACUGUUUGGCUUACCAAAGGCUCGUGUUUGCCAGUUGGUGGCACAAACGAAAGACAUGAUAAUGGGCUGGAGAGGAGAAUGAUUAGAGAUCUGUCUCCCAAUGAUAUCUCCAUGAAGAAGGCCUUUGCACUUCUCCAGUCAAUGGAGUCCAUGUUGACCCAAUCUGCUAAAGAAGUACAACUGGAAACUAAUGAAGUGGAAGCUGAGGCAUCAUUUAGAUACCUGAACGAACCUAAAAAGCUCAAAACGGAGAAACCUCUCUAUCCACACACCAACCUGACGUGCAGUGACAACCCAGCCGCCAACCUGACGUGCAGUGACAACCCAGCCGCCAACCUGACGUGCAGUGACAAUGCAACGUGCAGGGACAAUGCGACUGACAACCUGAUGUCCAGCGACAACCCAGCCACCAACCUGACAUGCACGGACAAUGCAACUUGCAGUGACAACCUGAUGUCCAGUGACAACCCAGCCGCCAACCUGACGUGCAGUGACAAUGUGACGUGCAGUGACAACCUGACGGACAACGUCAUGUCCAGCGACGACCCAGCCACCAACCUGACGUGCAGUGACAAUGCGACGUGCAGUGACAACCUGACAGACAACCUGAUGUCCAGUGACAACCCAGCCACCAACCUGACGUGCAGUGACAACGCGACGUGCAGUGACAACCUGAUGUCCAGCGACAACCCAGCCACCAACCUGACGUGCAGUGACAAUGCGACGUGCAGUGACAACCUGAUGUCCAGUGACAACCCAGCCACCAACCUGACGUGCAGUGACAAUGCGACGUGCAGUGACAACCUGACGGACAACGUCAUGUCCAGCGACGACCCAGCCACCAACCUGACGUGCAGUGACAAUGCGACGUGCAGUGACAACCUGACAGACAACCUGAUGUCCAGUGACAACCCAGCCACCAACCUGACGUGCAGUGACAACGCGACGUGCAGUGACAACCUGAUGUCCAGCGACAACCCAGCCACCAACCUGACGUGCAGUGACAAUGCGACGUGCAGUGACAACCUGACGGACAACGUCAUGUCCAGCGACGACCCAGCCACCAACCUGACGUGCAGUGACAAUGCGACGUGCAGUGACAACCUGACAGACAACCUGAUGUCCAGUGACAACCCAGCCACCAACCUGACGUGCAGUGACAACGCGACGUGCAGUGACAACCUGAUGUCCAGCGACAACCCAGCCACCAACCUGACGUGCAGUGACAACGCGACGUGCAGUGACAACCUGAUGUCCAGCGACAACCCAGCCGCCAACCUGACGUGCAGUGACAAUGUGACGUGCAGUGACAACCUGACGGACAACGUCAUGUCCAGCGACGACCCAGCCACCAACCUGACGUGCAGUGACAACGCGACGUGCAGUGACAACCUGAUGUCCAGCGACAACCCAGCCACCAACCUGACAUGCACUGACAAUGCAACUUGCAGUGACAACCUGAUGUCCAGUGACAACCCAGCCGCCAACCUGACGUGCAGUGACAAUGUGACGUGCAGUGACAACCUGACGGACGUCAUGUCCAGCGACGACCCAGCCACCAACCUGACGUGCAGUGACAAUGUGACGUGCAGUGACAACCUGAUGUCCAGCGACAACCCAGCCACCAACCUGACGUCCAGCAACAUGACGUCCAGCAACAUGACGUCCAGCAACAACAUGACGUCCAGCAACAACGUGACCAGAGACCACGCAACGUCCAGCGACAACCUGACGUCUGCCAAGAAAUGGGUGUGAGGAACCAACAAAGUUGACAUUUGUUUCUGGUUGUACUUGCUUAUUUCAAAUAAAACAGAUUUUUGUUUCCUUC